AUGGUGCUCGAUUUAGAUUUGUUCCGCAGCGACAAGGGCCACGAUCCAGAGAAGGUCAAGGCGAAUCAGACGCGUCGAUUUAAGGAUGUGGCUCUGGUCGAGACGGUUAUCGAACAGGACAAGGAAUGGCGCCGGUGCCGGUUCAAUAUGGACAACUACAACAAAUUGAAGAAUCUCUGCAGCAAGGAAAUCGGCGAGAAGAUGAAGAAAAAAGAACCACAGGGAGACGAAACGGAACCACUUCCCAAAGAGGUGGAGGAUCAGCUUCGCGAAAUGGAGCUCACUUCGCUGAAGGAGUUGACUGUUAACCAGAUCAAGAAGGUCCGCACGAUGAUCGACGAAGCGGUGGCAGAAAAUGAACUGAAAAUGAAGGAGGUGGAAGCGAAACGCAACUCAGCGCUUCGUGAGGUUGGCAAUCAUCUACACGAAAGUGUACCGGUGAGCAACGACGAGGAUGAAAACCGUGUCGAGCGUACGUACGGAAAUUGCGAAACACGCCAGAAGUACUCGCACGUCGAUCUGAUCGUGAUGAUCGAUGGUAUGAACGGAGACAAGGGAGCCGUGGUAUCUGGCGGUCGCGGAUACUUCCUCACCGGACCAGCCGUUUUUCUCGAGCAGGCUCUAAUACAACACUCGCUGCAUAGUCUGUACGCGAAAGGAUACACGCCGUUGUAUACGCCGUUCUUUAUGCGCAAGGAAGUAAUGCAGGAAGUGGCUCAGCUAUCGCAAUUUGACGAGGAGCUGUAUAAAGUAGUCGGCAAAGGAAGCGAGCGAGCCGAGGAUGGUAGCAUGACGGAUGAGAAGUAUCUUAUUGCAACCUCGGAGCAACCGAUUGCAGCAUACCACCGGGACGAAUGGAUCCCUGAAGCAUCCUUGCCCAUCAAGUAUGCCGGGUUAUCGACCUGCUUCCGGCAGGAGGUUGGCUCGCACGGUCGCGAUACGCGGGGCAUCUUCCGUGUGCAUCAGUUUGAGAAGGUGGAACAGUUUGUACUAACAUCUCCGCAUGACAACAAAUCAUGGGAAAUGAUGGACGAAAUGAUAGGAAACGCCGAGGCUUUCUGCCAAUCGCUUGGCAUUCCGUAUCGUGUGGUAAACAUCGUAUCAGGGGCAUUAAACCAUGCUGCGUCGAAGAAGCUCGAUCUAGAGGCUUGGUUUGCCGGUUCCGGUGCGUUUAGAGAACUGGUGUCGUGCAGCAACUGUCUCGAUUAUCAAGCGCGACGGUUGCUCGUGCGUUUUGGCCAAACGAAGAAAAUGAAUGCCGCCGUCGACUACGUACACAUGCUGAACGCGACCAUGUGCGCAACGACACGUGUCAUUUGCGCCAUCCUGGAGACCCAUCAAACGGAAACUGGUGUAAAGGUGCCGGAAGUGCUUCAGAAGUACAUGCCGGAGAAGUAUCGCGAGGAAAUUCCGUUCGUCAAACCGGCUCCCAUCGAUGUGGAGCAGGCCGCUGCCGAAGCAAAGAAAGGAGGCAAGAAGGGUGGUGAGAAAAAGACCGGAAUGGCCGCAUAAUUACAAGCAACGGAAGUGAAGCGAUUUGGCUACAUCGCAGCUUGCUGCAGCAAUAAUGAAGCACUGCAUUUAAUCGAUGUCGUCUAAUUUAUUUAAAUUUUACCCAUUGCAACUACGAAACGGCGGAUGUCUGGCGCGUUUUUCUAAUCGUGCAUAUGGUUGAACGAAAUACGCAUAACAAUAAAGUUGCUUUCGUAUUCUGCUCGGCUUAUUCCCUAAGUGGGCAUA